AUGAGUAGAAAAAUAAAGACGAAUGUAAUGAGCGUUGCCUCGCAGCUUCCUCUUGUCAUUAAAACAGGAAAAUACUAUGUAGGAUUCAGACAGACCAUGACCUCAUUGAUCAACGAAUCGUGCAAGUACAUCAUUCUUACAAAGAACUACCCAGAAGUUAAGAAAAUGCAGCUCGAGUACUACGCAAAGCUUGGCGGAAAUGUCCCAGUAUACAUGUUCGAUGGAUCCAACAGAGACCUAGCCAACCUAUGCGGAGCCCACUUCAGAAUGGGCGUCAUUUCUAUUCUAGACGACGGAGAAGCAGAGCUCAUCCAAACCACUGCAUAA